AUGUUUGAAAGAUUUGUAGAUGAUUUGAAACGCACGAAUAAACGAAAAGUUCUCUAUAGAGUAUUGUUUUUUGGAAUGAUGAUUUCAGUUACAUCAAUGAUAUGGAGUGGUUUGAAGGUUUUUACUGGUAGCGAGAGUCCAAUUAUUGUUAUUUCAAGUGGUAGUAUGGAACCAGCCUUUCAUCGAGGUGAUAUAUUGUUCCUAACAAACUAUGAAGAAGAACCACUCAGAGUUGGUGAAAUAGUCGUAUUUAAAAUUGAAGGACGUUAUACUCCUAUUAUGCACAGGGUUUUAAAACUACAUGAGAAAAGAGAUGGCACAAUUAAAUUUUUGACCAAAGGUGACAACAAUAGUGAAGAUGAUAGAGUAUUGUAUGCUCCUGGCCAACAGUGGCUAGAAAAAUCAGAUAUAAUAGGCAAAGCUAGAGGAUUUGUACCAUAUAUUGGAAUGCUUAAAAUGUUAACGCAAGAGUAUCCUAUAGUCAAAUUUGCUAUUUUAGUAUACAUUGGGCUAAAUGUACUUGUUCAUCGUGAAUAA